UUAGUGGAGCUGUAGAGAUUUAAAGAACUCAACAUGGCAGCAAGCUGGACACCACUGAGACAGUGAAUUCGGGACUUUUACUCAUGCUUUUAGUGUAGGGUUUUGAAUGCAUGACUUGAAUGGUUUGUGUGUGGUGGAGCAUUUGACAUUGGUCUUGUUACUUGUACUCAAUGAAACAAGCGACUUUUCCCACAAUUGUUAGUUCGUUCGUUCCUUUCCCUGUAAAUGUGUCCGCAUCACGUGACUCCACACACUCCAGCCAACAGGUGGCGCUAUACACGGGGCUCCGUUUAAAAGUGAAGAAGAAGACAGCUAUCCCAGGGUGCACUGCUGCUGCCGUGUCCGAUAUUACCAAACUAAACAGACGAGAUGCUGCAAGUGGUUUGUGUUUGUGGCCACUAAUAAAGACUCAGAUAUCAGGCAGAUACUGUGUUUCCAUCACCCGCUCCAGGAUGAGCGCCAUGCGAACCAUCCUGAGCUCCGGCGCGCUGGUGGCUUUGCUGGGGCUUGGCUACGGGAUGUGGGCAAUCAUAUCACCGGGAGAAGAAAGGCGGAGAGAGCUCCUCAAGAAUCUGCCUGAAUCGAAUCCAAUGAGAAUGGAAGAGACGAGGAAGAGGAACGUUCUGGUGAUGCAGGCGCUGAAGGACGCUGCUGAAACCAACGACAAUAUUGCAAGAGGAGUCGGAGGACCUGCAAAGUAGACCGGCCCAGCUCCGUGUAUUGAAUGCUGCUGGCUCUUCAAAUAAAGAUGGACAUUAUGUGAGACGUAGAGAUUGUUGUCUGAUUGUGUAAACAAUUUACCAUCGGAUGUUGAAAUUGUUUAUUAAAACUCUCCAAACACAACCGCAUGUUUUCAGUCUGUUUCAGUCCCAGUUAUGAUCCGGUUCUAGCAUUCAUGUGUUCACAAGUUAGUUUAAGAGGCAGGUUUGAUGAUGUUUUUUACUCUCAACAAAUCCCAUGAAAAGACCAAAACCACCAAUGGAUGUACUACAAACAGGUGUUGUGUAUUGUGUGU